AUGCCUUCCAACCACCAUGGGCACGAUAGCUCGCACAACGUGUCGCGCGUGCUGUACGAUCACCAUCGUGGUAACAAUGGCAGGCAGUCUGAAUCUGUGCCGCUGCUAGGAGCCGUGCACAGCAUUAUCCCUGAGCACAUCCAUCCGGAUGGUGAGAGUGGACGCCGGGGCUUCCAUUUGUCUCAUUUCAUCAACGUCGCAUGGCGGUCUGGCAGCAAUGCUGCAAAGUACACCAACCUGCUUUGGCCCUUUGUCAUUGUCGCCAUUGUCCUGCACUUUGCGGCGCCGGGCCUGCCUCUUGCUGUCUUCGCAACUAGCUACAUUGCCAUGGUACCCGCAGCUAACCUUCUUGGCUUCGCGGGUCAGGAAUUCGCACGGAAGAUGCCAAAGGUAUCUGGUAUCCUGAUCGAGACGGCAUUUGGCUCCAUUGUUGAAAUCAUCCUGUUUAUCAUCCUUAUUGCGAAACAUAACUCGGAGCAUGGCUCGUCGGAGCACGGAAACCUUAUUCCUGUUAUUCAGGCUGCCAUUCUGGGCUCCAUUCUUACCAACUUGCUGCUCUGCCUUGGACUCUGCUUCUUUGUCGGAGGUUUGAGACAAGCCAGCCAAAAGUUCCAUGCUGCUAUUAGUGAAGUUGGUAGCGGUCUUUUGCUGGUCGCCGGUUUUGGACUUCUCAUCCCUAGCGCCUACUACUCUGCGCUCAAGGGCUCAGCCGUGGAAAAAGCAUCAAAGCACCAUGAGUUUACCGAGAAGAUCCUGCAGCACAACGUCCUCAAGAUCAGUCAGGUGACGUCAAUUCUCCUCAUCGUCGCUUUCUUCAUCUUCAUCUUCUACAAUGCUCGCUCGCAGCACUCCAUCUUCGAUGAAGUUCUCGAAGCUGACGAGCACCGUGAUCUGGACCACCAUGAAGACGUUGCCAAGCCCAAGUUCACAAUGACGGAAUGUCUCGUCGCCAUUACCGUUUCCCUGGCCAUUGUCACCCUUCUCGCCGUCUUCCUCGUCGAGCGCAUCGAAGACGUUGUCGAGUCUGGUGUUCCCGAUCAGUUCCUUGGUCUGAUUUUGCUUCCCCUGGUUGAAAAGGCAGCAGAGCAUCUUACUGCAAUUGAUGAGGCGUGGGAUGGACAGAUUAACUUCGCUCUCUUCCACUGCAUCGGACCCUCGAUCCAAACGGCUCUUUUCAAUGCCCCACUCGUUGUCAUUGUAGGCUGGUUCAUGGGCAAGGAGAUGGAUCUCAACUUUGAGAUCUUCAUGAUUGUCCUGCUCGUCUUGUCCAUUGUUGUGGUUGGAAACUUCCUCCGUGACGGCGAGUCAAAUUACCUCGAGGGCGCCAUGUUGAUUAUUGUCUACAUCAUUGUGGCUGUGGCAGCGUGGUACUACCCCAACCCUGACGUUGCUACUUCGAAUGGGAUACAGUACUAG